GGCCCCUAUUUCCUCGGGGUGGCCUGGCCCCUGCCACCACUGCCGUCCGUCCAGGGCUGCCUUCCCCGCGGCCUGCGCCCCCCGCCGCCGCCGCCGCCAUGGGCCUGGAGCUCUACCUGGACCUGCUCUCCCAGCCCUGCCGCGCCGUCUACCUCUUCGCCAAGAAGAACGGCGUCCCCUUCGAGCUGCGCCCCGUGGAGCUGCUCAAAGGGCAGCACGUCCAGGGGUUCUUACCGGCUGGCAGCCCGCAUGUGGUGCCCAUCCUCAAGGACGGCGACUUCGUCUUGCACCAGAGCGUGGCCAUCAUGAUCUACCUGAGCUCUAAGUACCAGACGGCGGACCACUGGUACCCAGCCGACCUGCAGGCCCGCGCCCGCAUCCACGAGUACCUGGGCUGGCACGCGGACUUUAUCCGGGGCACCUUUGGGGUGUGCCUGUGGACCCAGGUGCUGGCCCCGCUCAUUGGGGUUCAGGUGCCCGAGGAGAAGGUGAAGCGCAACAGGGCCGCGGUGGACCAGGCCCUGCAGCAGCUGGAGGACCAGUUCCUGGGGGACAAGGCCUUCCUCACCGGCCAGCGGGUGACGCUGGCGGACCUCAUGGCCCUGGAGGAGCUGAUGCAGGUGGUGGCUCUUGGCUACGACGUGUUUGAGGCCCGGCCGCGACUGGCUGCGUGGCGUGGGCGGGUGGAGGCUGACCUGGGGGCCGGUCUGUGCCGGGAGGCCCACGGCCUCAUCUUGAACAUCCUGGAGCAGGCGGCCAGCAAGCAGCUCCCGCAGCCGCCCCCUGAAGCCCACCUACGGAUGCUGCUGCGCAUCUCCAGGAUCCCCUGAGGCUGGCGGGGGCGCUGGCCGGCAAAGGCGAGCAGCAUUCCUCCUGUGUCUGACUUGUCCCUUUCCCCCUCUCCAUCACGUCUCACUCCCUCUCUGACCCCGGGAGGAGUUCUGCACAGGCAGGCCCCCGGCUGUCCUCGGCCGCCUCUCGGGUGCCGCAGACAUAAGCACUAGAGGAAAACCCACCAUGCGGCCCUGGCCGGUGUGGCUCAGUGGAUAGAGCAUCGGCCUGCGGACAGAAGGGUCCCGGGUUCAAUUCCAAUCUAAGGGCACGUGCCCGGGUUGCGGGCUGAUCCCCAGUGUGGGGCAUGCAGGAGGCAGCCGACCCAUGAUGCUCUCUCAUCAUUAAUGUUUCUACCCCUCUCCUUUCCUCUCUGAAAUCAAUAAAAACAUAUUUUUA